AUGCCCGACGCGUCCAACCCGCGCGCGCAGAUCGUGUCGCUGCCCUCUCUUUCGAGCCAGCUCUCUUCGCUUCCGCAGGCGAAGAGUAUGGCCAAUCUUCCCUUGUACACUUCCCCACUGUCUGCCCAACACGCUGCCACCAGUGAAGCCAAGCUUCGCAAGGCGCUUGCGCAUACAUCCAACAGUUCGGGCACACAAUACGCCACACAUCCCGCGGCGCCUUCUCCGCCGCCCACACCCGGCGGCGCGCCUCUCAUGAUGCGAAAACCCGUUCGCACAAAAUGA